AUUUCAUCGAGUUGGCAUUCGGACCUGCGUCCAAGCGUAUGCAUGCAUGCUAAGGGCCGUCAGUCUCAAAACCGACCUCUCGGGGAUACGAUGCGGACAUAGAACUCUGGCGACACUUGGAGAUGUUUUUGCCCACCAGAAUGCGGACAUUGUCGGCUCUGCCUACUUGGUAGCUCAGAUACCGCCCCUGCACGGGUUACCGGAGAUAGCGGUAACUGGACGUGCCAAUGUCGGCAAAUCUACUCUGUUAAAUGCUGUCAUGGGGAGGAAAGACCUCGUCCAUACCAGUAAAAAGGCUGGACACACCCGAUCCCUGAAUUUCUAUCGUGUGGGGCCGGGACCAGGAAAGCUUGUACUCGUGGACGCGCCAGGGUAUGGCACACGGGGGCGUCCAGAGUGGGGGGAAAUUUGGGAUCAUUACAUACAAAACCGUUCCCAGCUCCGCAGGAUCUAUGUCCUUAUCAACGCUAAACACGGCGUGGAAGAGGCAGACUCAUUUGUGCUAGCCGACCUGCACGAGAGGUGCCUCAGCAUGGGUGGGACACGGUGGACUUUCCAGGCCGUUGUGACCAAGGUUGAUUCCCUCCCGACGAAGCAGCUCCGGGCUGGAUUGUCGAAGAUUAGGGAGGACGUCUGGAAGGCGGCGCCGACGUGUCUGCCACCAAUUGUCACCGCCGCGGCCGCGCGAGAACGGUUCGGGAUAGAUGAGGUCCGGAAAUCUAUGAUGGAGGCGUGCGGAAUCUGACCGCCUGGUCAGACGACCAACUAUCUCUGGGGAUAUGGCUACCCGAGUGCUCUACAACGGAAACGAGCAGGAGGAAGUGCUACUACAACGGCAACCGAUAGUCCCGACGCCGAGCGAGCCCGUGUCGGGUUGAGGUUGCCAUUCACCCCUGUAAAGUCUCUACUUGUUUUUCAUAGGAUGCCGUAUUUGGUGCUGUUGCCGUUUCUCCGGAUGUGAUCGUCUGUCAAGCGCGUGAGUACUGAGUGAGGUUGUCGUCCUUGCUUACUGUGUCAUAGUUGUGUUAUUAAUGAAAGCCUUG